CGAUUCCGUCAGUCUCAACUGAAGAUCAUACAAAGCAAUGGCUUCCUUCAAAGCAACUGCCUUCUCUAUCCUGGUCGUGGUAGUAGUUCUCUGUAGUUCCUCCCUAGCAGUGGAUUACUGUGCCCUGCCCACUUGCCUGGACAAGCACAUUGGCUGCAACAACAAAGGAAACUUUAGUGAAAACUGUCCAAAAGAUGCCCGUGAAGUUAAAAUCGAGGCACACCACAAGCUGAUCCUCACGCUCUUCAACGACCUUCGCAACAAAGUAGCUGGAGGUGGGGUUGAGGGCCUUCCCAAAGCCAUCCGCAUGGCCAAGAUGUCCUGGUGCGAGGAGCUAGCUCACCUUGCCAUGUUGAACGUAAAAACCUGCGAAUCCCUGCCAGACAAGUGCCGCAGCACCGAGAGAUUCGCCUAUGCUGGCCAGAACAACGCCAUCUUCCACUACAGCGGAGCCGAGUCCGAGUACACUGAUGCUGAGAUCCUCAAGGAGCAGAUUGAGAACUGGUUCAACGAGCGUUCCAACGCCUCUCCCGACAUCCUGGCCAGCUUCCCCGAGGAACUGCCCAACAAGAAAGUGGCCCAGUUCACCAUCUCGGUGGCCGAGAAGAACACCCACGUCGGCUGUGCUGCCAUCCGCUUCACCAAGGACUUCUACAACCACUUCGUUCUCACCUGCAACUUUGCCACCGCCAACAUCGUUGGACAGCCCGUCUACACUCCCGGCGAUAAGGCCACCUCCGGCUGCAAGAACCGCUACGGAGCUGCCUUCGACUACCCCAACUUGUGCUACGCCAAGGAGAUCUACGACAACGAGAAGAUCGUCCAAGGCGUCAAGGUGUUCUAGGAACAUUGUGAUUUGUGACCAAUAAUGCAUGAGGUAUUCACGUUUGUAAUAAAGAGCUUGGGCAGAUAUAAAGUGCUAAAACCUAAAAA